ACGUCCAGCAGUCGUUCGCACAAGUUUCCCCUGUUGUCAUUUUCUGAGUGAACUCUGAUCAUUGAGCAAGCUGUUUCACAAUUUCAUUGAUAUAUCCGUUCAUGUAGAAACGAGUCGUAUGCCUUUUAUUCUGCGGUGGAUGCUAAAUGGGUAGAAGUUGACGCACGGUUGGUGUGGUAAAUCCUAUGCAUUCUUUCGCUUUAGACCUACACAUGUUCUAUGCAUGUCAAAACCGAAGGCCACCUGACAGACUGGAACAGUAGGGAAUCUUAAUUGCUUUGACAAUUUUAUCAAAUACGUUUUUAAUGAAAGUCAAUUGCACUUUUGAGAUAGUGUCGCCUGUUCGGGUGUCUAGGCGGAGAAUGAAAAGAACCAUGCCUGAAAUGAAAAGGGCGAGGAGGCCCGACGUGAAACUGGUUAUAUUGGGGGACAUGAACGUUGGUAAGACCUCUCUGUUACACAGGUACAUGGAUAAAAAGUUCAAUGAUACCAUUAGUACCGUCGGCGGUGCGUUCUACUUAAAGCAGUGGGGACCCUACAACAUAUCGCUUUGGGACACCGCAGGUCGGGAGCAGUUCCACGGGCUCGGCUCCAUGUACUGUCGGGGUGCGUCCGCUGUCAUCCUUACCUACGACGUGACCAACUGGCAGAGCCUGGCCGAGCUGGAGGAGCGCUUCCUGUCUCUCACCGACACAGCCAAUCACGACUGCAUCUACGCUGUGGUGGGCAACAAGGCUGACAUUACUGACCCCCCCAAUGUGGAAGAAGACUAUGAGGGGGGUUUCCCCGUUCACACACCGCCCUAUGCCUGCCACCUCAUCCCUCCAGCCUCCCCUACUACGGUCUCCCCCGUGGCCAACCGAGAGGUUCGAAAGGAGGACGCCGUGGCGCUCUACCAGCGUAUCCUCAGGUACAAGGCGCUGGAUGAGCGUUUGAGCCCGCCUGCAGAGAGGAUGUGCUUUGAGACGAGCGCCAAGACAGGUGCCAACGUGGACGAGUUGUUUGAGACGCUGUUCGAAAUGGUGCUGCCGUCCAUCCUGAGGAUGAGGUCGGAGAGCGAGGCCUCACCCACCAUAGACCUGGAGGACUAUGGGCCAGUGUCCAGCAAGCAAACCAAGUGGGGCUGCUGCUGAACGGAGUUGGGUGAAGUAGCCCCAAGGUGCUGAUCUUGGGUCUAUUUUGCUUUUUUCCCACAAAUGGGUAAGGUUAGGAUUGUGGGAGGGGAAGCUGAUCCUAGAUCUGUACAUUGGGGAACCUUUACACCAGAGCCUGCUGAAGGCGACAAGGAAGAAGUCUUGGGGAGAAUCUCAAUUGUAUACUCCUCGCCUCUUCUCGCCUAGUAUUCUUCUCAUAACCCAUUGAAUGAGAAAGCUAGAGGUCCCUUCCCUCUGACCAGCUCCUCCAAUAGGUUUUGAGAUGGAGAGAGGAUGCGAGGAGUAUGCAAUUGAGAAUCUUCCCUGGUUUUAGGGGUUGGUUUUCACAGACGUACACCCACGUUGUUUCUACUUUAAUACAGAGGGAUUACUCAUCAAGUGAGCUCAACUGAGCUGGGCCGGAUUACCGAACAGGCACUGGGCAUGUGCCCCGUGCCCCUAACCCAUGUUUUUGUUGCAUAUGAUACCAAAAUGUGUAGAAUUGUAGGAAAUUAGGCUUAAAACUGCAAAAUUAUCUUAACCUCAUGGCAAAAUGUGAACAAAAUGAGAUGCGCUAUAAAAUACCAACAAAACAAAAAAUCUGCCCAAUGGCGAAAGUGUAGAAUUGUAGGAAAUUGGCUUUAAAACUAUUUGUCAAAAUUUGCUCUUAGCCUCAUGACAAAAUGCGUAGAAGAGCAUUAGAAAACUUCACGUUUUUCUCUCUGCACCAUGGCAAAAUGUGCUAAUUCUGUAAUUAAGUCCAGUAUUCUGUCACUGCUGUUCAGAUUUCAUUUUAUGGUUUCACACUAAAAAGGAAAUGUCACUUUUUUUUUAAUGGUUUUUUAGUCAAUUCUGAUCUUGGGGAAUUUUUGGACUGAGUUGCACAAAAAAUGUCACUUGUCUGAGCUGUUUGUCCUUGAUAGAAAAAUGCAGUUUCACUUGAUUUUUGUGGCAUUUGCCAUUUUCAGACACCUUUUUAUUUCUUUAUCUUUGUUUACCAUCUGCCUAAAUUAAAGCCAUUCUACCUCCAAUAAUAGUUAUUGAAUUUCAGCUUUCUGUGAAUAACAUGUUUUUUAAAUUUUUGAAGUCACCAUGUUGUUAUUGAACAUAUGGUGUAAAGAUGCUACCACAAGGGUGUAGUGUAGGGACUGUUUUUAGAGAGCUCCCAUUGAAUAUGGAGGACUAAGAAUAUGGCCAAAGAACCAAAAUGUCCUCUUUACCCCAAAGACAUUAUGUUGCCACAUUGACUAAGAAAUCGAACAGAAUUGAUGUACUGGCGAGUCCCUGAUGAGAUUUCAAACAA